AUGACUGAGCCGUCAUCAGUAGACGAAUUUGGUUCUGGUCCACCGAUCCAUGACCCAUUUCCAGAAGACCCGGAACCAAUUAGCUGGGGCGACGUUGCAACCUCUGAGCGAAAUGCAUUGGCCGACUUGAUGCAGUACCAGCCAAGGAUCAACAUUGAUUUGUUUGCAGAAGAACAGCUAGUCUCACUUUUAGCCGCGACUGACAUCGCACAUAUACCUGACGAUGUUAUCGGAGCAUCAACUACGCUUCGGCAUGCCAAAAAAGAUUGCCCCCCAAGAUUGGCAAUCGUUUUGGUCCUUCCGCCCUAA